AUGAGCCGAGAUGAUGCUCCUUCCAGUCUCGAGCGCAUCGUCAGUCCAACGCCGUCUGCUAAGAAACGGUUGUCGGCGCUUCAACGUGUCAAGAAACUUGGGGGGAAGCUAAAGCCGAAGUCGAAAAAGACGGCGGAAUUGAUCGUUGAAGAGCCAGAACCAGAACCAGAACCAGAGCCAGAGAUCGUCAUUGAACAAGUGGAGAUACCAGACCCUCCCGAGCCAGCUACACUUGCACAGCGAAUUCGUGCUCUCAUAACUUCACUGCCAACUCCUAGCCCCACCCCACCUCCAGUCCGCUCUGAUCCUCCGGCAGUGGAUGCCGAUGGUCGUCCAAUACCUCCUCCAGGGGCAUUUCGCAUUAAAGACGAACGACUCAUCGCACUCUUGAGCGAUCCUGACUUUAUGAACGGCGCCGCUGAAAAUAGUCAUGGUAGUGUCUGGGAGGCACUGGACUCCCUUGCCCCACCAGCUUCUCGCAAACCUACCAGCGGUGACGACUCUCCUGAUUCGCCUGACCAUCACUCAGACGGCGACACGGUUCAAACCCUCAGCGAUGUCAUGCUCUAUUGUCCACUCUUUCCUACUGACAACUCGGAGCUUGAGCUUGCUCACACGAAGAUCAUUAACCUUCCAGUUUCCGCGUCAUCUCAAUCGCGUUGGAAUUUUCUUUGGUCUAUCACCGUUGGACUCGUCAAAUCGGUCCCACAGGAAACUAAACAGGUCAAAGUUUGGGUUCCAUCCGCGACCAAGAUCUCCUUCCAGGCUAUGUGGUGGGGCUACAGACUCUAUCUCCCUCCCCCUGUCAUGGCUCACCUCAACGCACAGCAAGCUGAAGCGGUCAAGAUUGCCGGAACCAUUACAGCUGCGCUGACUUGGCUUUUGGCUCAUGUCGAUCCGUCACAAGUUCCGCCAGCUCUUCUCCCAGUCUUCCUUCUGGUCCAGAAGCUUGGACCAUACGUUGGAUAUAUCGGCACAUUCAUUGGAUGGAUAUGGGGUACCAUUCAAGGCAAAGACAAAGGGAAUGGCGUUUGUUUGACCGCUACUUGGCUUGCACCCGUGGUAUUGAUUCCCAGCUCGAUUGAGGCCUCUGCGCCUGAAGAGCCGACACCCCCACAACCUCCCGCCACAGACCCACAAACCCCGGCCACGGACCCGCUCCCCCCCACGACCACGCCUUCCCCUACUGGAAUUUAA